UUGGGUAAGGCGCGGAAGGGCGGAGAGGAAUAGGACCACAAACUGCUGUCAUGCACACGGUGGAUUCCAAAACGUGGGAGCCACGCUGUCUCGGGAUCUGGUGAACGGCAGGGAACGAGGACCACUGGAGGAGGCCAAUCACAGCCUCGAGCGCAUCCUUCUCUUACUGAAGCAACACGUAGGUUCAAUUCAUUCAGAGAACCGCAAGUGAAGGAUGGAACUGGAAGAGAAGUCAAGAACGUGGAGAGAGAGAGAGAGAGAGAGAGUAAAGAGAAGAAGAAGGAAACAAAUAAAAGGAAAUUGGAAUAUAAUAAUAUGCAUAACAAGAAGAGGUGGGGUCCAUCCACCGCCUACUUCGUUGUCUUACCGUGGAGAUCGCCAUCACGCCCAUGCAUUUCUUCCUCCUCUCCUUCGAUCCUUCCUUUGACCUGCUUCACUUCCAACCCUAACCCACCUCAUCCUGCAACUCCACCCUUCCCACGCCUCUUCCUGUAGGUCGCUGAACAAACACCUUCGGAGCUGAAACGAUGGAGAGGUGCGGGGUGAGCUCCCUUCCAUUUUAGCAGCUUUUGUGAGCUAUAAAGUGUACUAUAAUAGUACAGAAAUGAGGGAGGAAAGGGGGAGACAAGGCGCCGCCUUCCUUUUUCCUUUUUUAAGCCAAUGUUUUCCUCCCACUGGCCUUUGUUUUGAUUAAUCUCUACACCUCCCUGUUUGCUUCGCCUGCACUGUUCCAUUUCUUGGGUUGGAUAUUACCAGCGGGAGCAAGUCUCAAUUUGUUUUAUGAGCUAAAGUAAUCGAAUUUAAUUAAGGAGAUCGGGAGUGCAAAGCCAUGGAUCCAAUCACACAUCACUUUCCUCCUCCCUUCCAUGCCCGAGACUUCCAUCCUCUGCACCACUUCCAGCAACUUCACCAGCAACAGCAACAGCAGCAGUUGAAAAUUGAGGAAGAUCAUAAUAACAGCAUCGGCGCAAGCUUCCACCGCGGGAAAAAACGCGAGCUUGACGAGGGGAUCAACGAUGGGGGUAGCAACAACGACGGCAGUAACAAUGGCGGAGGUGACGGCAAGGAACUUGUCCCCACCACCUCCGGCGGAGCAGGUGAAGGUGGCGGCGGAGGCGCCGAGAAUAUGCGCCGUCCCCGCGGACGACCAGCCGGUUCGAAAAACAAGCCGAAGCCGCCGAUCAUCAUCACGCGCGACAGCGCCAACACGCUACGGUCGCACGUGAUGGAGGUGGCCGGGGGGUGCGACGUGGUGGAGAGCGUUUCCGCUUUCGCGCGUCGCCGGCAGAGAGGAGUCUGCAUCCUGAGCGGUAGCGGGACGGUGGUCAACGUGACGCUGCGGCAGCCAGGGGCCGCGGGGGUUCCGGCGGCGGUGAAUCUGCACGGGAGGUUCGAGAUCCUGUCGCUGUCGGGGUCGUUCUUGCCGCCGCCGGCGCCGCCCGCGGCGAGCGGGUUAGCUAUCUACCUGGCGGGCGGGCAGGGACAAGUGGUGGGUGGGACCGUGGUGGGUGCGCUCAUAGCGUCGGGGCCGGUGAUCAUAAUGGCGGCAUCGUUCGGGAACGCGGCCUACGAGCGGCUGCCGUUGGAAGAGGAGGAAACAGCGCUACCGGGCAGCGGCGGCGCGAUGGGGUCCCCCGUUAUGGUAGGACAGUCGCCGCCAAAUCACCAGCAGUUGCUCGACCCCAACGGCAAUCAGCACGUUCUCCUCCACGGCUUGCCUCCGAAUCUGCUCAACAACAUGCAAUUGCCCUCCGACGCCUACGGCUGGGGCUCAGGCAGCGGCGGCGGAGAUGUCAGUGGACCUCGUACGACCUACUAAUCAAGGGAAGUAUAUACCUCUCACUCGGUAGCCAAAAUAGCUUCUAGCUUUGAUCAAUUUGUCAUAGGACUAAGCCUGCAGAAGGAACGCCGCCUAUCGAAUUGCCCGUCUGUUCAUGCUUAACUUGUUUUCCUUUUGUUCUGUUAAUUUCAACUGCUGUUGGCUUUGUUGUUUGCUAUGUUCUCGCAUGCAUAGGAUCGGAUGGAUAACGCUCGAUCGUCUCUCCAUUCAAUCCUAGCUCUCUCAUUUGGAAAAUUAAGCCUUGUACAAAUUUAUCAAUUAUUAGAGGUUAAUUUUCAUCA